AUGGCACGUGUGUGUGCGUGGCUGGCGUGCAUGUGCGUGCUGAGUGUGCGUGUUGGGGCUCACGGUGUACUGGACGGGAGUGACCACGCCCACCUGGACCACCAUCACCUGGUUUCCAACGGCAACACAGCCUCAGAUCUGUGUGCGAUAGACCGGCAGCUCUGUGAGGAGGAGAACGCCGUCCUGAGCUUCCAGGCGAUCUGCAGCGUCCACCGCCUGAUGGACGACGACGCCGACGGGACGGUGGACACGGCUGAGACGGACGAGUUUCUGAGGGAGGAUCUGAAAUAUGACGAUCGGAAAUCCAAGCGCAGCCGCUUCCACGGGUCCGACCUGCACGUCAGCGUGGAGGAGAUGUGGAGCGCCUGGCAGCGCUCGCCGGUGUAUAACUGGACGGUGCAGCAGGUGGAGGACUGGCUGCUCAUCAGUGUGGAGCUUCCUCAAUACACAGAAACGUUCAGGAGGCACCAGCUGGACGGGAAGUCCUUACCCAGGCUGGCGGUGAAGAACACCACCCUCACCCUGGUGCUGCUGAAGAUCUCAGACAGAAUUCACUCUCAGAAGCUGCAGCUCAAAGCUCUGGACAUCGUGCUGUUCGGCCCCCGGCCAGGCCCACAGAGCUGGUGGCAGGACCUGGUCCUGGGCGUGUCCGUCCUCUUGUCUCUGAUUGGCUGCUGCUUCGCUCUGGUCCAGACCCGGAGGUCCAGAGACGACCUGGAGACGCUGGCGAGGGACCUGGAGGGUCUGCAGGGGGCGGAGCUUAGUCUGCUGGAGCUGCAGGGCAGGCUGCAGCAGGCGCAGGAGGAGCAGCGCUGCGUGCAGGUGGAGAAGGUGAAGGUGGAGGAGGAGCUGAGGAGCGAGAUCUGCUCGGCCAAGCAGGAAGCUCAGCGUCUCCGAGAACUCCGAGAGGGGACGGAGAACCAGAGGAGCCGACAGAAGUACGCAGAGGAGGAGCUGGAGCAGGUACGUGUGGCACUGAAGAGGGCGGAGAGGAACCUGGAGUCGCGGGUUCACUGGGCUCCACCGGAGGUUCUGCAGAAAUGGCUCCAGCUGACGCACGAGGUGGAAAUCCAGAAUUACAACAUCAAGAAACACAACGCAGAGAAACAGCUGCUGCAGGCCCGAGAGGGGGCGGAGCGGAUCAAGAGGAAGAGGAGUUCUCUGUUCGGGACGUUUCACGUCGCUCACAGUUCGUCGCUGGACGACGUCGACCACCAGAUCCUGUCGGCCAAGCAGGCGCUGGCCGAGGUCACGGCGGCGCUGAGGGAGGAGCUCCACCGCUGGCAGCAGAUCGAGGCUCUGACCGGUUUCUGUCUGGUCAACAACCCGGGUCUGCGAGCGCUGGCGGUCGCCCUCAACCUGGACCCGUCCGGCCUCGGCCUGCGACCUCCGACCCCGCAGCACCUCCUGCUCUCCGACGACCUGGACGACAUGGACGAGGACAUCCUGUCCCCGGGGACGCUGCAGUACGCAGCGUGGCAGAUGGACCGGCGAGUGAGCGACCUCUGGCCCCUGAGCGGCAUCGCGGACACACAGUCGUCAUGGAAACACUCUGCUCAGAGUCUGAUGCCCUUGCGACAGCGGCCGGGAGACCCCGCUCGGAUGUUCAGCUCUCAGAGAGACAUUACGAACCGCUCAGACUUUGACUCCUCCCUCCCACUCUCUCCCGGCGAAUCUCGAUGUGUGUACAGCCUCAAGCCCCUCCUCCUGCCCUCGGGGCUCCACCCCCUGGAGGGUCAGGGUUCUGGACUCGUCGGAGGUCUGGAGAAGAGCUCCAGCCUCGGGGAGCUGAGGAGCAGCGCGGCCUCCAUCCUCGCCUCCUCCGGCUCCACCCGCUCCCUCUGCAUCACGCCAGACCGCCCCGGCGCCUCCUCCUCGUCAGGCAGCGCCCAGGGGGCCGGCCCCCAGCUCCCGACCAGGAGGAGCCCCGUGGAGGAGGAGGGAGGCGACGAGUCGUCCAGCAGCCGAAGGAGAAACAAGUUCAAUAAGAUCUUUAAGAAGAAGCAGGGACGUUAUUGAUUCUCAGUUCCAGAGAAGAUCCCACAAACCUGCUGAGUCACGAUGAGACUUUAACCUUCGUCGCAGGAAACAUCAGUCGUCUACUUUUCUGACUUAGUUUGAUCUUUGCUCUGCGUUAAACUGAGCAAAGAUCAGACAC